AUAAAGAGCCUUCUUUUUGCUAAUUGUUCUCUUAAUCGUUAGUCGACUUUACUAUUAUCCUAAAAUUAUUGUAUUGAAGAAUCAAAAUAUGGAGUCUUCAAACUGGCAAACACAAUUUUYUACUYUCAGAGAACGUARUAAGUACGCGUUCGACAAUUCAUUGUUCUGUGAUGUCGAGUUCUCGGUUACAGACGGCGAUGGAAACAAAGUCACCAUUCCAUCCAACAAGUACGUGCUGGCUACCACCAGUCCUGUCUUUGCUGCCAUGUUUUACGGUCAUCUAGCCGAGAAUAAACCAACUAUCGACCUACCAGACUGCACUAAGGAAGGACUACMAGAAAUGCUUCGUUAUGCACAUUGUGAAGAAGCCAAUCUAACCGGAAGUAACGUAAUGGAGUUACUCUACCUCGCCAASAAGUACAUGAUGCCAUUCCUAGAAAAGAAAUGUAAAGAAUAUCUCGAGACUGAAGUUGGUCCAGAAGAUGUGUUCAUUGUUUUACCACAAGUACAGAAAAUGGGAGAUGAAGACCUUGAAGAACACUUGUGGGAAAUUGUUGACAACCAAACUCAUCGAGCCAUUUCUUCUGGAUCAUUUCUGGAUGUAUCUAAAGAACUGCUUUGUCAAGUACUCAAAAGAGACACUCUUAGUGCAUCUGAAGUGCAUAUUUUCGAAGCUGUAGAUAAAUGGGCCACCAAGCAGAUUGAUAAAAGAGCAUUGGUUUGUGAUGGUGAAGCAAAAAGAGCCAUUCUUGAAGAAGAUCUCAUCCGAUUGAUUCGAUUUCCGCUUAUGUCUCAAAGGGAGUUUGUUGAAAUUGUACUUCCAAGUAAAAUUCUGAACAUAGAUGAAAUAACAGAGGUGCUUCAAAUUUUUAAUGGUAUAACUGCUGCUGMYACCGUAUUUAAUAACAAAAGACGCUUGCCUGAAUCUUUCCUUGAACCGUUGAUAACUAGAUUUAAAAAGAUGGAUGUUUUUGGAUGGGGCUACAGCGCCGGAUUACCAGAUGCUAUAAACUUUACUGUUAACAAAGAUGUCAAUCUGGUUGGUGUGCGAUUAUUUGGCAGCGAAGGUUCCAAAUACGAAGUAGGAUUGAAAAUCAACGAGAAUUAUGAAUGCCUUGCCGAGUUAUCGUCCUCGUUCAUGAGUGAAGAGAUAGAUGGUUUGUACUAUGGAUUCACGGUUACCCUUGACAAACCUGUGCGUCUAGUCUCUGGUCAGCUGUAUAGAUUGGAAGCAAGAAUUAGUGGACCAAACUCAUAUCUUGGAGGCGAUUGUGCAAAGACUGUACAGGCUGGAGAUAUUGUAGUAACUUUCUCAACUGCUUCUCAGCCUAACAACGCUACUAGUGAUAAAGCAGGUCAGUUUCCUUCGCUUAUUUUACAACAUCUGUGAUUGGAAAGAGAUACUUUGUAUUUAUUAUUAUCGGACUGUUUCAGAAGCAGAUCAAAUAGUCAAAAACGAACAUUUUUUGUUACAAAGAACAUUUUUUUGUUACAAAGAAUAGAAUGUAGUUAUACACUAAGCUCUCAGUCUUGAGCGCUGGCUUAUAUAUCAUCGCCAAGAUAGCUAAUGUAGCGUGAAGUCGUUCUACAUUGUAGCUAGCGUAAUAUUGAGAUAACACUUGCGACGCGAGAUAACUGCUACGGUUCAUGGUAUGCACGGUAAAAAGUAUUUUUUAGCAUUG